GGGAUCUUAUAAUCGCUUGGCAAAUAGAGCACGUAUCUUAGCUUCACAAUGGAUUGGUCUGGUCUUUCUGGUGGCUUUGCCGGUGAGAAAGCUUGCACUUGCUGAUUUUGGGGAUGGCCUUAUGACGAGCGUUUGGAUACUACAAUCAGGGAAGAACAGCAUCGCACUGAGUUUCUUCACACAAUCACCACUAUGUUCAGUGAAAAAUCAAAACGACAACGAGCGUACGAGGAUGUCGACGAUGCAGAGAGCACAGAGGACCUUCUGGAACACUCCGAGAAAGACGCCUCAAACCGAUCAUUGCGGCGGAACAACUCCAGUGGAAAGACCCAGUGGAUCGUAAUAUCGUUGCUCUUAUUUGCGACUUCCAUAUUAUCAGCCUCGAUAGGACUCUUUGUUGGGCGAACAUGGUUGCUCAACCUCGAUCGACUGAGCAUAAGACAUACUUCACAAUACUCACCGAUCGUUCAUGAUGGGACUGUGGCUUACGAUUGGAUCCGGUUCAACGGCUCUUUGCUGAGAUCAAACACUUUCCGCGAGGACGCUGGGCCUGCAGUCGAUGCAGCUUGGAAAUCAUUAGGCGCAGACUUCCGCGCCGUGCGCAUUCCGGCAGAUUUGGCGGAAAAGUCUGGCCUCGCCUCUGAUCAGGUCAAGGUUAAGCAAGAAUACGGCGGAGGUUAUCCAGCGCAUGUAGAAGGCCUUCAUCACUUACACUGUCUCAAUCUUCUUCGAAAGUCGCUCGCUUGGAAUUUCGAUUACUAUCAGAAACAAGGUCUUGGGCCGUUUUCGAACGAUGGAACCAUAUUGAAACAUCACGUCACACAUUGUCUCGAUAUUCUUCGCCAGCAGUUGAUGUGCACCGUUGACGUUGGUGUGCUUGGGCAAGUCUGGUACGAGCCGCCUGGAAAACCGUUACAAGCCUUCGUCGAUUUCAACACGAGACACAAGUGCCGCAAUUUCGAAAAUAUUCGAGAUUGGGCUGAAGUGCACCAACUUCCGGAGCACCCGCCGAAAGACUUCUUGGAAGAGCCAAAGGAAGGCGAUCGAAUUUGGCAUACCGUACCAUAA